ACUCCUCACUACUCAAACCAGCUGCGACGCAUCAAAGGCUCGGGUGCCGCACGUGGGCUUGGACCGGCAACUCGAGGUCGGAGACCGACAACCAGCCGGUGGCCGGUCGCCCCCACCCACAAAAGGUACGUUCUUUACAAAUCCGACGGUCCAGAUUCAACACUGUCACCCAAUUGAAAUGUGAGCGGAAGGAGGAGCUACUGAGAAGUUAUUAUAUAGCUAGACCUCUUCCUCCCUUCGUCCCUGUCUUACUCUCUAUCCAAACAAGCAAGAAUUUUGAGCUCUGCUUCUGAAAGUUCAGGCCUUUUUUCCUGCUGGGGUUCUAAAGAGUUCGAGAAAGUUAACUUCUUUGUUGGUUUUGGUGGAAUUUGGGUCUGAAAUUUUGAGCUGAAAGGUUGGAGUAAUGGAGAGGGAUUUUCUGGGUCUGAGCUCAAACAGUGGUGGUGCGACUCUGAAGGAAGAACCCAAUAAAGAAACCAAGAAUUCAGCGGUGCCAAGAAGUUCAGGGAUGCAGUGGUCAUUUUCAAACAAGGUUUCUGCACCUCCGCAAUUCCUGUCUUUCAAGGCUCCUCAAGAAGAUGGGCCAAGAAAAACUGCUCAUGAUAAUUCAUCUGCAUUUACUACUAUAUCAACUGCGGAUGCUUUUCACUCCAGCCGGAAGUUGUUCUCUGGUGGGAUUCAGAAAAAUUUCGUUUUUGAUAAGCAAGCUGGAAACCACUGUGCAACGACAGUAUAUCCUAUGCCUCAAUUUGAUGCACAUUCAGUUCAUCAAUCACAAGAUGUAACGAUAUACCCGCUAGUCAGCCAACACAACCAAAGGAUUCCGAUUACUUUGAGUUCUCCAGUUCUUCAGUCCCAUGCUCCUGUUGGGCAUACUGGUUCUACCAUAAAACUGCAACCACUUGGAGGAGUUCCGGUUCUGGCCCCUGUAUCUGCUCUUCCUUCUACAACCUCCGUAGUUGGUACCACUGAUCUCAGGAAUGCAUCCAAUUCUUCUGGGGCGCCUGCUCAGUUAACCAUCUUUUAUGCUGGUUCUGUGAACGUUUAUAAUGAUAUAUCUCCAGAGAAGGCCCAGGCUAUUAUGUUGCUGGCUGGAAAUGGAUCAUCUCCAACUCAUUGUAAGGCAACAUCCGUAACUCAAGUGCAUGCACCGAUACCUAGGCCUUCACUAGGAGGCGACGGUUGUUUCAGGAACCAGUCCUAUAUUACAUCUUCAGUCUCUGCACUUCCAAGUCCUCUUUCUGCAACUUCAUACGUGAGUUCUAACUCUGGAGGAGCAUUUAAUAGCACCAAUGAAAUAGCUAUAGUGAAACCAGUAGGAACUUCAGCGUCUCCUGUUGACCGCUCAGAGCCUUCUACAGAAGUCAGUUCAGUGGGAUCGCCUAUGACAAACCUGAUUCCAGCAGUACCUGUGCCUCAAUCACGUAAAGCAUCCUUGGCCCGGUUUUUUGAGAAGCGUAAGGAGAGGAUGAUGAGCACAGCGCCAUACAGUGUCGGUAGAAAAUCUCCAGACUGCAGCACUCCCGGAUCGGAAGGUGUGAGUUUCUCGCUCAACUCUUCGAGUUCUUGUCCUCCCCAGUCUAUAAAUUAGCGCUUACGCGGUGGGGUGCGGUCGAAAUGGGAAGAAACAACAAAAGCUUCCAAUUGCUUCGGAGAUGUUGGCAUAGAUCAUUGUUUUAACAGUUGCUUGUGUGCUGGUAGUUGUAAGAUCAAUUUUUUGACCUGAAGGAUUAGAUAAUAUAGAUAUAUGGUUAAAGUUUUAUGUUUUUUACUUUUCACUAUGCUGUAAAAAUGUAUUGUUUUACCUUCCUGCGUUGUAAGGGCAAAAUCUAGAGGCCAUGUUUUUGUAUUGAUAUGUUUAUGUUUGGACAAUUUGACAUGAAUGGAAUGAAAGCAAACAGAUUUUGCCUUC